CUGUCUGUUCAUCAAAGGAAUUUAUCGCUUUCGGAGGCAGACGAAGAUGUAGUAAAUUUCACGACAUACGACGCAAGUGAACAGGACAUGGGUGUAUAUAAAAGUAGCUACCUUCGUUCAGCAAGGUAUCCACUGGAACAUCAACCACGAGCAGACACAAACACCGCAAACAUUCCUCUCAAAGAUGAAAUUGGCAUUAAUAUUAUUGGCCCUUGUGGUCAUGUCCCACCAGCAAUUUCAAUACCGAACGAACAAGCCAAGAGGACUUUUUUGGCUGUCGCCUUAUUCGCCACAGCGAGUCAUUACCAAUUAUCAUCCAACACAACUCUAUAACGACUAUUACCUCCAAAAUGAAAUCCCUUACCCGAUCCAUUCCAGGCCGUCUACGCGAAUCGGUGUCACCUACGUCAAGGAUGAAGAGGUGAAUCCGGACGUCAUCAUCUCUAGUGCCGAAAGCCAAAAUAACGAUGAAGAAGAUUUCGAAUCGUUGGACAUCCAGUCGAGGAUCAAGUUAUAUCAACAGCAGCAGAACGGGGGACGAUUUUUCGGCAGUUCCACCAUUAAUAAUCCUUUCAUCAAAACAGCCACGUUUACAAUUUCAUCGACUGUAACAACAGUUGGAUCCAUCGUCACUUGCGUCCCAGCCAACAAUUUGGCAGCUGUUCCUGCACCGACUUGCAAUGGACGCAAGAGACGUUCUGACGAUGACGAAAACGAACAAUUCCCUAUCGUUCCAACAGAAACCCUUUCGUUGGUGCCAACGGCUGUCACGAGGGAAUCUCGCCAACUGUCCAACAUCCUUCACGAGGGCGCUGUCACUUCGUCUAAAGAGGAAUUUUCCCCAGCUGAAUUAUCAGAGAAGAAUUCAAGAGAGAAACGAUUUUUUGGAAGUGGCGUAGCAGCAGUGAAAACUGUUACAUCGUAUUCUUUUGUGGGGGCAACUUUGACCAACACAGUCAUCCUCGAUCCCACAGGAAUGAACGUUGCCGUUUGCUUACCAGCUGGCUACGUUGUCUGCGGUUAAUGACGACGAUCGCCGGAAGAUGGUGUUAUUUGCUAGACUUUAUAUAAUCAACUCUUUGUCAAGUGGUUCUUGACGACGCAUUUGUUUUUACACCUUAUUGCUUUUCAUUUCAGUGUCACUAAUAUUCUAAAUUAUAUCACUGUUAUACCUUGUGAUACUGACGGUUUCGGAUAUGUGGGUCA